AUGAAAGCCUUCCUCCUCACCAUUGCUGCAGUGCAGAUUCUCCACUGCUCAGGAAUACCGAGCCCAAAGGAUGCUCUGAGAGUGUCUGUUCUAAAACUGAACCAAAUCACUGAGACCAGCAAUCUAUGUGGGAUAACCAGGAGAAGAGUGAAGGAUAUUCAUCGCACAGGAAAAUUGUCGUACAACGUGGAUUUAACAUUCUCUGUGAAAGAAACCGUCUGCUCCAAGAAUUCUGGACUGGAAUUUGAUGACCCCAGCUGUCACUUCCGUCCCAAAAAGGCUGCAGAGAAAGGCUUUUGCAAAAGCCACAUUGAAUAUUAUGCUGAUGAGGUUAUAGACGUUGAUGUGGAGUGUCGAGGGCUGAAGACAAUCAACAGUGAAAGUGGAUCAUUUGAGUCAAGUGAAAACAGUGUCGAGGUCAAAACCAAAUCAAAGGAGAAAGGAAUCAAGGAAUCAUCCAAAGUAAAAAACAAGUCAACAGAAACAUCACUCGAGGACUUUCCAGAUGUGGAAAGCAAGUCAACAGAAACAUCACUGGAGGAUUCUCUAAAUGUCGAUAGCAAAUCAACAGAAACGUCAUUCAUUGUGUCUUCAAACGAACACUAUGAUGAUUCAAGAGGUCAACACUAACCAGGAAUAAAACUUCUGAAAAGCCCAAUUUGGUGUCAACAUAAGACCUCAUUCGGAU